AUGACAAGCCGUAGUCUUCUCUUAGCGACUGUAGCCUUCGCGUUCUCGACGACCGCUCAAGUAACGAAGCCACCGAUCCCAGGCUCACCACAGAUUGUCGAGAAUGGUGACUUCGUCAAUGGAACGACUGGUUGGGAUUCGAGUCCACCAGGCACUAUCAUCAAUGGAAUGUACUGUGUCAAUGUACCUGCUGGAGCCAAAGGGAACAGCAGCUUCUUGAAGACGACCUACAACUUCUUAGAGACCAAGAACGACGUCUACACUCUCAAUUUCACCGCAAUGUCCUCCAUCGGCUACGACAUCCUGAUACAAACACCCGAUCCGUCACUCGACCCGAAUCUCAACAUGGCAGCUGCAUUGACGACUUCAUCGUAUCCAUUCAGCAUGACAUUCUCUCCUGCCAACCAGGCGCCUAAUGCCACUCUCGAGUUCAUACUUGGAGGAGCUCCUUCAGCAGCAACUGUUUGCAUUGGCUCUGUGUCUAUGAAGCGGAUCGACCGUAGUGGAAUCAGACAGGACUACGGGCCUGCGAUUAAAGUCAAUCAGCUUGGCUACUUGCCGAGUGGCCCAAAGCUUGCCACUGUCGUGACUAACACGACAGCGUCCGAGCAGUGGUCACUGUACAAUGCUGCAGGAGAUGCGUGUGCGACUGGCCAGACAACCUACCGAGGCAAGGACGAUGCGUCAAAUCAGACAGUCAGCAUCGUCGACUUCAGCUCCUUCGCCACCGAGGGGGAUAGCUAUACCCUGUCGGUUGGCAGCGCGACGAGUCUUCCCUUCGCAAUCUCUUCGACACUCUACAAUAACCUCAGACAGGACUCUCUUCGCUUCUUCUACCAGCAGCGCAGCGGGAUCGCCAUCGAUAGUGACCUAGUCGGAUCCCAGUAUGCCCGUGCUGCUGGUCACGUUCAGAUUCUGCCAAAUCUAGGCGAUGUCGUAGUUCCGUGCCAGGCUGUCCACGACUCAUUGAUCGCAUAUCUCGAGCCAUGGACUUGUAACUAUACACUUGAUGUCACACGAGGAUGGUACGAUGCUGGUGAUCAAGGCAAAUAUGUCGUCAACGGUGGUAUCUCAGCUGCGCAGCUUUUGAUGCAGUACGAGCGAUCCCUACACUACGGAGUCAAGAAUGGCAGUGCACAGCUGGGAGACGGCUCUUUGCGCAUUCCAGAACGCAAUAAUGGGGUCCCAGAUAUCUUAGAUGAGGCGAGAUGGGAAGUCGAGUUCUUGAUGAAGAUGCAAGUCCCGUACAAUUCGACUCCCCAGCUAUUCAACGGCAGCUACAUUGAUAUGUCUGGUCUGGCUCAUCACAAGAUGCACGACAACCAGUGGACUCCUCUUCCAACAGAUCCGUCACAGGAUCCGAAACGGCGUGAGCUGCACCGACCUUCCACCGCCGCGGCGCUCAAUCUUGCUGCUGCUGCUGCGAUGGCUGCACGCUUGUUCAAGCCAUUUGAUGCUGCAUUCGCGAGAAAAGCGCUCAAUGCAGCACAAACCGCCUAUGCUGCAGCUCUGAAACAUCCUGCCAUUCUUGCACCGGGCACAGACUGGGAUCUCGGUGGUGGUGCGUACAGCGAUAACGAUGUCUCGGACGAGUUCUACUGGGCAGCAGCAGAGCUCUACUUGACGACAGGCGGCCUGCAAUACCUGGGCGACUUGACUGCGAAUCCCUAUCAUACAGCAAAUGUAUCGACAGCCUUCUCCAUCCCAUCAGGUUUCGGCUGGCCUUCUGUCGCUGCUCUAGGCCGCCUGGACCUCGCGACCGUUCCAAGUAACAUCUCAAACCAUUCCGCUAUCGUGCAGUCCGUAAUGGAUGCCGCAGAUAUGCUGCUAGCUGUACAGCAGAACAGUAGUAAUGGCUAUGAUGUCCUUCUAACAAGCUACCAGUGGGGCUCGAACAGCAAUGCUCUCAACAAUGUUCAGAUCGUUGCCACAGCUGCUGACCUCACUGGCAAUGCAACCUACCGUUCUGCCGCGCUCUCCGCAAUCGACUACGUCCUUGGUCGCAACGCCUUAGCACAAUCAUACAUUCGCGGUUACGGCACCAAGGACACUCAGAAUGUACACUCCCGCCUCUAUGCCCACGAGCUCGACCCACGAGUGCCACAAGCUCCUCCUGGCGCUAUGGCUGGCGGCGCAAACCAAGCUGCAAGUGAUCCGCCGGCAGAUGAUGUGUUGCAAGGCUGCGCGCCACAGACGUGUUAUGUGGAUGAUGUGAACAGCUAUAGUACAAACGAAGUGGCUAUAAAUUGGGGUAGUGCGCUGGCUUGGGUCGUUGGGUGGGCGGCUAGUCAGUGA